GCGCUAGCCGGUGGCCGUUUCUACCCGUUUCUGAUGACGUCAUAACGUGUAGGUUAUUUGGCCACUCGGUAUUGCAGCUGGUUCUUCGCAUGGUGGUCGGUACAAAGGUGUACGACAAGCUUCGAGAGGAAUGGCUGAGGACCAGACUGAUGAACGACAUUGGGAUGAUGUCCCCACAUGCCCAAACCAGCAAGGUUGAAUCAUUCCACAACAUCCUCCUUCACUUUUGCCCCAAGUUGCUUGUAUACUCAUAUCAAGGGAUGAAGUGCAGAUUAUAUUUGGCUGUCCUACAUUGGAACGAAAAUUGUGAUAGAGCCCAGGCUGUUGAUGCCGAAGGGAACCCAGUGUACAGGUUGAAGUAUCCACGCUCGAAGGAAGGAGGCCACACAGUGGAGAGAGUGCUGACAGCUGGCACAUGUGGUUAUGUGAAAGCCCUGAUGAGAGUUGUCGUAGAACUGGUGGAAAACAGGGAGCAGCUCAGAGACAACAUGGAGGAGCUACAGCCUCAACCAGCACAGAGUGCCUCUCAUCAUCACCCCGACAAUGGAGAAGCCGUGCAAGCUUUUGAACAACAUCAUCGCUUUGGCGAUAGAAACUAGUUCUUUUGGUGAUAGAAACUAUGAUGAAUGUGUCAGCUACCUGAACAUUAACCACUGAUUGUUUUAUUUCAGUACAAGACAUGUUUUUCAUAGACCCUAAAUUAUGUUUAUGCCAGUAUAAUUAUGGAGAGUAACAUGGAAGUACUCUAUGCAAGUGAGUAGUGGAUUCCGAUUCUAUGUGAGUGUAAAGCACUAGAAACUUGUCUGUAAGCUUGUACAUACUUACACAAGCCAAAGUCCAUGGUACACAUCAAUAGUCAUUGGUUUUAAUAGGUAAAAUACUUAUUAAAUUUGUAAAACUUACAUUUUUAGUUCAAUUAAAAACAAUUUCUGAAGCAUAUGCACUAGAUUUUCAUAAACACUAAGUAAAUCACUGUUGAUCAUGAAUUUGGCACCAAAUAUAAUCUGAUUUUUCUCACAGUCCUUCAUCUUGGCCAAUGCUUUUUGCUUCUUAUUUGCAAAAAAUAAAAAAUUAAAAAAUGCA